CCUCCUCCUCCGCCUCAGAUCACAAUCACAUCACAGUCACAAAGCGACGACUCUCCUCCACUCUUCUUCCAUUUCAGUCGUCACAGCCCCCGAUUUCUCAGCCGCUAUCGGCGUCGCCGCCAUGUACAAGACCGCCGCCUCACGCCUCAGGGCUCUCAAGGGCCGGACAGGCAUUAGGGGAGUGGCUAGAUUUUCAACAUUGGGUGAAGUUUCGAGUCCGGCUGCCGCUGCCACGAAGCCUUCUUGGUCUCCUUUGGGUGGCUUGUUUGGUUGGCUGACCGGAGGACGGUCCAGGUCUAUGCCUCCACUGGAUUUCCCACUUGAAGGUGUUAAGUUCCCGCCUGCAUUGCCGGAUUAUGUUCAACCGGAGAAGCCCAAGAUUACGACCCUGCCCAAUGGUGUCAAAAUAGCCUCUGUGAAGUCAGAGGUACCUACAGCUUCCAUAGGUUUAUAUGUUAAUUGUGGUUCAGUCUAUGAGACAGCAGAGUCAUCUGGAGCAUCACACCUGCUGGAGCGUAUGGCUUUCAAGAGCACAAGAAACCGCAGUCAUUUGCGUAUUGUGCGGGAGGUGGAGGCGAUUGGUGGCAAUGUGCAAGCAUCAGCUUCUCGGGAGCAGAUGAGUUACACCAUUAGUUCUCUGAAGACUUAUGUUCCUGAAAUGGUAGAGCUGCUUCUUGACUCUGUUCGGAAUCCUGUUUUCCUUGAUUGGGAAGUGAAUGAGGAGCUUCUCAGGGUGAAAGAUGAUAUUAAUGAAGCCUCCAAAAACCCUGAAGCCCUUGUUUUGGAAGCAGUUCACUCUGUUGGUUACAAGGGUGGAUUGGCGAAUCCACUCUUAGCCCAAGAAUCUUCAAUUAGUAGACUAGAUAGUGAAAUUUUGGAGGAAUUCGUUGCCGAAAAUUAUACUGCUCCUAGGAUGGUGCUGGCCGCUUAUGGUGUUGAACAUGAGGAACUUCUAAAAAUUGCAGAACCACUAUUGUCUGAUCUCCCUAGUGUCCCUCUUGCUGAGGAGCCAACAUCUAUGUAUACUGGAGGUGACUACCGUUGUCAAGCUGAAUCAGGGGAUACUCAUUUUGCUCUUGCAUUUGAACUUCCGGGUGGAUGGCUUAGGAUGAAGGAUGCAAUGAUUUUGAAUGUUCUUCAGAUGCUAAUGGGAGGAGGUGAAUCCUUUUCAACCGGCGGACCUGGAAAAGGGAUGAACUCGCGAUUAUAUAUUCAUGUGUUGGCUCAAAAUCCCGAGGUUAAGUCAAUGUCAGCAAUCAAUAGCAUCUACAACAAUAGUGCUUUAUUUGGCAUCCAAGCUUCCACUAGUUCAGAUUAUGUGACAGAAGCCAUUGAUAUAGCAGCAGAUGAGCUUAUUGCACUUGCAACAACUGGAGAAGUUGACCUGGUACAGCUAGAUCGUGCUAAACAGUCAACGAAGUCUUCCAUUCUUAUGAAUUUGGAAUCUAGAAUGAUUGUUGUAGACGAUAUUGGGAGACAAAUCCUGACGUACAAUGAAUGGAAAUUGGAACAGCUCAUGAAGGCUGUAGAUGAGGUUUCUUUGGAGGAUAUUACUUCAACUGCUCAAAAGCUUUUAUCGACCCCUCUUACAAUGGCAUCAUAUGGAGAUGUCACUAAAGUCCCACGCUAUGAUUCAGUCAGCCAAAGAUUUUCCCUCUCAAAGUAAAAACAAAGUCAGCAAAGAAGACCACUUGAAAGAAAUUGCUUUCAUUUCCCGAACUGGGUAUUUACCUACUGUCUUUAUAGUGUUGGCGUACAAGUGUAUAUUUAAGCAUCCUACAGAAAAAUUAUGAUAGAUCUCUGGUAGAGUUUGUAAGCACUGAAGCAAAAUCCAUGUUACUGUUAUUAGUAACUACUUUUGUGAUUGGAUUUGCUAGUUUACUGCAUACAUAUAUGAUCAAAGAAAUGUCACAGAUCAGUGA